AUGGAGCAGGGAGGCUUUCCCCGUGUCAACAAAAACAACAAAUGGGGUUAUCUGAGCAAACAACUCGGCAUUCUUCCAAAGGACAAGCCUGCAACCGCUGCUUCUCGAGGUUCUGGUGGUAGUGGCGAUGAUGUCGCUGCUCCUGCUUCUGCCGUUUUCUGGUGGGGUGUAGCGGUGAAGCGUUUUUACGUCCGAUGGAUUCGGCAGUUUGAAGGAGAACGCGUCUCUCCGGAGCUGAAGAAGCAGUUGCUGCCUUCUGCCAUGCAGAUGCAGCAGCAGCAUCACCUCCUCCCGCAGUAUGAGCAGUUGCAGCAGCAACUGGGGAAAGAAGGCAGUUCCCAAGACUUCUCAAGCGGCGGAGCUCAACUGCGGGCAGAGAGGAAGGCAGCCUUGCAGCAGCAGAGUGCUGCUGCAGAUCUUAUCAAACUCAUUUGGCGACGAGAAAGACUCUCUGCCAAGUACACAGCUGAAGCGGUAGCUGCUCGUAUGGCAAGGCGACAGCGGCGACAGGCACUUCUCGCUACAGGGCAGCUUGCUCCUGCCACAGACGUCUCACGUUUAACGCAGAGUCUCGCUGAUCGGCGGUAUGCACCAGGAGACUUCGUCUUCGCCUUGAAUUGUUUGUAUUACCUCUCAAAGCCGCUCAGAGGCCUCUCCAUUGAACAGGUGAGACGGGCUUCGAGGCGGCAUGUGCAUCCUGCGUUGCUGUACGAGGUUAGCCUCUUGUUGGAGGAGGCGGCAGCUGCAUGUAGAGAGAGUUUGCUCUCUCUGCACGUGCCGCGUGUGCAGCCUCCUGACUUGCCUCUGCUGCUGGGGUGUGUUUACGACUUUGCUGCGACGGCUAAGGACAGAGCAGCAGCAGCAGCUGCCCCUUUACACCCCAUAGAUCUGCUGCAGCCGCAGCUGCUGCUGCUUCCUGCUUCUCCGUGGAGACCUGCGAAUGGCGGGGGCCCCCCGGGGGGCCUCGGGGGCCCCCUGCUGGCGUUGCAUGCGCUGCAGCUGGCGAGUGCGUUGUCUGCGAAUCUGCUGCUGCCCGCGGAAAACAGAUUAUUUCUCGCUGGCUUUUCGCGAGCUUCCCUGGGGCCCCUGCAGGCAGCUGCCUCUGCAGCGCAACGCAGCAGCAGCAGCAGCAGCAGCAGCGCCUUCGUCACGCUAAACACUGAGUAUGUCACCGCUGCAGAGGCGGCUCAAGCCGCUACCAGUGCCGUUGAAGAGACGGAAGGAGCAGAUGAUCUCAGCGAUGUCGAGUGGGCAGACCAAGACGAAGAGCAAGAACACGCCAGCGAG